CACUUGACAUCACAAAAUCACAAAUGACAAAACUCAAAAAUGAAAUGAAAUUUUUAUAAUUACUUCUCUAAUUUUAUACUGCACUGCAAUUUUGUAAAGUACGUAGUUUCGCUAGAAAAAUUCUAGAAUAUUGUGUAAAAUAGCCAUAAAUGUUUUUAUAACCAAAAGGAUCUCACUAUUUAUAAGAUUAAUUAGGUAAUAAACAAUGAUAACGCUUAAUAGGAAAUUAAAAAAAGAACAUACGGAGCCACAGAAUGGAAUAACAGUGGAACCUGCUAGGAGGAUAUCGAUAAGAGAUAAGUUAUUGGUGAAAGAAGUUCAAGAGAUGAAUGAGAACCUGCCUGUGACGUGUUCUGUGAACUUUGAGGAUCCUAACCUUUUGAGCGAGUUUGUGUUGACGGUGGCCCCUGACGAGGGCUACUGGGCGGGGGGGAAAUUUAAAUUUAGUGUUUCUGUGACUGAAGACUAUAAUAUGGCGCCUCCUAAAGUGAAGUGUCGAACAAGGUUGUGGCAUCCGAACAUUAAUGUGGACGGAGACAUUUGCCUGUCCCUCCUGCGUCAGACCUCUAUAGAUGAACACGGCUGGGCUCCCACCAGACGGCUGAAGGAUGUGGUGUGGGGACUAAAUUCCUUAUUCACAGACCUACUAAACUUUGAAGACCCUUUAAACAUUGAAGCGGCAGAAAUGUAUAAGAAGAACAAAGUGGAGUUCCAGUCCAAAGUGCAGGAGUACAUUGCAGCCUCCAAGGUGAAGAGAUGAGGAAGGUUUAAACCCAAGUGUCUUAACAACAAUUUGUAGUUAACCUAGAGGACACUAUAUUUAACAGUGGACCUUGUUUGGGUGAACUAAACUAAACCAAAUUGCUGCAAUGUCUCAGACUAAUUAUAGAAGGACCAGUAUAGCACCCAAAUUCACAAACAAAAUUGUCUGCCAUUUUCUGAGGUUCUAGAUUUCUUAACAAGCUUAGAUUUGGUAUAUGUCUUAUACUAAACUACAAGUUUUUGCCCGUUUUUUAUACUAUUCAACAACACAAAAGGGUAAUUUUACGGAGCUCUUUAACUGACAAACAUAUUUACAACUGUGAAACAUUGCUUUAAUAAUCACAUUAGAUCAUUGAUUAUAUACUUUACCAGAAAAGUAACGUCUAGUGAAGCAGGUCCUUUACAAUAAUUGGUCUAAGUGCUAUGUCAAUGUUGUUAGUUAAAUUGUUUUACACACAACAGAACACAAAUACACAAAUGCAAACUAUAUGUAUAUAAAGGCGAUAGUCUGUCCGUUUGUUGUAAAUCAAACAAUGAACUUAUUUGUAUACACACAAUAAAUGUUCACUGCUAAACUGCUCAACCGAUUUUGAUGAAUUUUAGUAAAGAUAUAAAUUGGACUUUAGAGCAAAACACAGGCUACUUUUUAUCCUGGAAGAUGGUUUCCUUGGGAUUUGUUAAAAAUAUCAUUUCCCGGGAACUGAAUCCUCGAUAAUAUUAUAGAGCAUGAUUGAAAGUAUUCUGUUUAUAUUCAACAGUUAUCUUAUGUGAUGAACUUACUGCCACCUCAGAUAUUAGUUUUUCACAUACAGGUCACCAGGUACUUAAGUGAUAUGUAAUCACUUAACUGUUGACCACUUAAAUAUAUUUAAAACAAAUAACUAAUGCUAAGGUUUAAAAACAAUCCUACUAAAAUUCAGCUAUACAAUUAGUAAUGCAUAUUGUGUUGCAAAUGUUUAAGCGUGAUUGUAAUCAUUUGAGAGGUGAAUCGGUUGCGGGCUAUUAUAAUGAUUAAAACGCAAAUACGUUGACACAUUUUAGACAAUACUAUAUUGUAUAAUCCCCAAUUUUGCCUACAUUGCUCAUAGUUUGUCGACUGGUCGCAUGUACGUACAAAAAAUAAAUAUUCUAGUUCUGUGAAAAUUUUGGUUUCUGAGUGAAACCAAAAUGAAUGGGAUUUUUGUGGGGUCUGGUUUGCAUUGCUGUUUGUAUUUGUCGACUUUCAUAAAAAAACGGCAACAUAGAAUAAUUUAUUAUUUUGAUAAUAAUGCAUGCAUAAUACCUGAUAAAAAAUUUACAAUAACUAUAAUUUGGUUUAGUUUUGGUUUAGUCAAAUUGGCACUAGUUUCUACCAUAUAGGCAUAGUUAAUGAAUACUCCAUCACCAGUGAUAUAUCUUUAUCUAAUUAUGUAUCAACAAUUUAGUGAUAUCUAUAUAAGACUACAAGAUAAAUAAUUUAACAUACAUUGACAAUGUUUUGUCUUCCUUAAUUAUACAAUUCCAUAAACAAUUAGGAAUCACGGCAGUGGCGGCCUUAGCGAUUGAGAGCAGGAGACAUUUUUUUAAUAAAAUAUUUUUUUCUAGGUAUAUUUAUCUAAUUGAUUGACAGUACGGAAGAGGCCAACUUAAAAAACCUACUCGGAAGUACGUUUUUUUAAUUGGUCGACUACAACUCUUUUAAUGACAACAUUGCUAUUUAGCUUUUAUAGUUUUCCUUCUAAUUUAAUUUCCUACUUCUGUGAAUUAAUUGACGUAUCCAUAAACAACCGUUUAGCUGGUAGAGGGUGGGACUGUCUGAGUCUUAAAACCUUGAAAUUUUACAAACGUCCGUAAAAUAAAUCUGUUUGUAACAUAUUAAGGUUUUAAGAGAUAAUUUUUGAAAAAAAAUUCAUCCCCACUUUACAUAAGAGAGGUUCCCUAAAAAAAAAUUUUAUAAGAGAGGUUCCCUAAAAAAAUUGUUUUUUCCAGAUUCUAUUUUACGACUUUGUUCAGUAGUAAUUUCUUGUAGUAAUAGUCUUUGCGCUAACCGCGGACAGACGGAUCGACGGGCCGUUUUUAGGGUUCCUUGUUGACUACAGAACCCUAAAAACGUCUAGUUCAGCAGAUGUGCUAGGCUAGAGCAAAGCUCUGAACAAUUAUCCUUCUGAGUCCUAAGGCCACCACUGACCAUAGAUUAUGCCAUUUACGAGUAGUAGCCAGUUUUGCACGGACAAACAUAUUUUAUUUUACAAUAAUAUUUUAUUUGCAUAAUAAAUGAAUGUUUAUAUUUUUCUAUUAUAUGGUGUGCAAAAAUACAUUUCAAUGAAAUAUUGUUUAUAGACAAUUGAGAAAUAAUCAAUGAAAUAAAUGUGCAAUUUUAAUGAAUUGUCCAGAAAAUAAAUUAAAAGAAGCAUUAUUAUUUUUUUAUUAUUAGUUUUUUCAUUAGAAUAUUACCCACAUGUUAUAAAUAUGACCAAUAUUCCUCUUAGUUUGUCCUCCAAAUACCCCAGCAGAGAUCAAACCCAUGACCUCUCAGCCGGUCCGGCCUGUACCUCAGGCUUCCUUUUUUAUUUGUAAAUUAUGAAUUGUAUUUUAUUAUUUUUAACCGACUUCAAAACAGGAGGAUGUUAUCAAUUCGUCAUAAAUCUUUUUUUUUUAAUUUAUUUGUUUCAUACUAAUUUGGUCAAUAUUUAUUUUGAUCAAAUUAGUUGUUCAUUGUAAAGUGAUUUUUAGAUAGCAUGGGUAAGGUGACAGUCGCCUGUAUGACGUUCAUAAUACGUACUAUUAUCCUGAAUCGCGGCAAACUUUCAAGAGUGAAACGAACUGUCACCCGCACCAUCCUACGUGAAACAAACUGUAGGAAACUAAACCUUCCACGGAAUGCUCUGGUUUCAUGUUUGAGGGUAUCUUGUCAAAACUGGGUGGCAUUAUUCGCUUGGAUUUGUCGGAUUUGUGUGUAGAAUAGCGAAAUGAAUUCCUUGUACAAAAUGAUCUUCCGCAAAAGUAAUGCCUGCUAUUUUAUCUUUUAAUAUUUUUACUUUUUUAACACUGUAAGGUUUGUUAGUAAUCUUGUAUUAGAUGAUCACGCAUUGUAUAAUAUACCUACUAUUAGAAUAAAACCUAGUCUAUUUUUUGUUAAAAACUUCUCUAUUCACAGACUCUGGUCUCUAUAGUUUUGAGUGGAAGACGCCUAUAGCUUGGCAAUUUUGUUCGUAACACACCCGAUGGUGCGCGCGGAGCGGGGCGCGAUGAAUGAAAAACCCACGACUGAUAGGUACACGUCACUUCCUCGCACGCACGAUUUCACACCCGCGUAGUCUUUUCCUGUCGUUGUCGUUGAGUGAGUUGAGGAUUUCAAAAAGAUAUUUUUUAAAAAUCUUUGUGCAUUAUGAGUGUUUUAUUCUUUGUUAAAGUAAAAUAAUGUUUUAAAAAAAAGUAAAAAACAUAAACAAUCUAGAAAUAAUGGUAAAUAUUUAAAUUAUAGCGGGUUUUGUGUGAUAGUCGGGCAACCAUCGCUCGUUCUGAUAUCAAUAUUUCAUUAAUUUUUUUUUUUUUUACUUUAUUAUUACACUAGCUGACGCCGCGCGGUCUCACCCGCGUGGUUCCCGUUCCCGUAGGAAUGUGGAGAUAAUAUAUAGCCUAUAGCCUUCCUCGAUAAAUGGGCUAUCUAACACUGAAAGAAUUUUUCAAAUCAGACCAGUAGUUCCUGAGAUUAUCGCGUUCAACCAAAAACAAACAAACAAACUCUUCAGCUUUAUAAUAUUUGUAUAGAUUUAUUAAUUAGCUUGUUUAAUAACGAUUUUAACAAAUACAUUUAUUUAAAUAGCUCCCAUACUACAUUUAAAUGAAAUCGUCAUAAUAAUCAGGCGUGUCCUUGGCGCGCGCGAACUUCCGGAGGUGGUCCACAGAUAAGCCGAUUUGCGCAAUUUGCCCGCGACAGAUGAGUGGUUUGGCGUCUUCCACUCCAAAUGCGCGUUUGCGUUUGGAACCCUCGUAAAGGACAUGUCCCAAUUUUGUAUGGUGGCUGGGCCUUUAUUCAGAGUGUCAACUGAGCAGAACAAAUAUUAUUUUUUCUUAAAAUAACAUAAAUUAUAGGGCUUAAAAUUCAAAAUAAAAAAAAAGUUGGAAUUUUUAUUUUUUCAUUAGCUAACAACAUUAAUUAAGAAUUUUUAUCAUGGCAACAUGCUAACUCACACCUUGAACGUUCGUCUAUGGCGUUUUUAAAGCAAUUUGAGAUUUUUUUGUUUAAUGCUUCUCUGUCUACGAUUUAAUGUUUCUUUUUUUUUACUUGUGUCUUAUUGACAUUUGACAAUAUUACAUGACAUUGACAGCUUACACCGGAUAUGAAUUCAAUUCCAGGUGUUUUUAUUAGCUGCUUUGUACCUUUGACACUAUGUAUCUAAGCUUUGUACACUUUCACUGUAUUGUCUAUGUUUAAUUUGUGUACAAGGGAGCGAAACGAAAAAUAUUUUUAUCUAAUUGAUGCGGGUUCCAAAAAUUCUGAAAAUUAUUUUCUCAACAGCCAAUUGUAUCUUCUAUCCGUAAAAAAUACUAUCGACCUGCUUAUAUAAAUUGUAAAUAAUAAAGGCCCAUUUUGGGACAUGUCCUUUGUUUCUAGAUUUAUCUUUUUUCAAAUCGUGGUUCGCGUCUAAGGCCUUCAGGAAGUCGGCUUGACCCUGGAUGUAGUAAUAAUUUAAUGGUACAAAUGCCUUUGUGUAAACUAAAGGAACGACAGCACAACAAAAACUAAACAGUUUAAUUAUUUACGAGUGAUAAAGGAGGUGUGUGGCAUAGACACCCGUUUACCAACAAACUGUUGCCGAGCAACCACCCAUAAAUAAAUGGUGAUUCAUAAACUUCUUUUCUCGCUUCUUCAGUUUCACACGAAUGUGCUGUGUGUACACCUCGCCGCUAAAUCUAAAGCCAAUCUGUCUUCCAGAAAUAGAAUAUCUACCUGUAUAAAAAAUCCUAUGAUGGACAGGAUGAAAGAUUAGCUUCUUGUGCAGCUUUUUUAUUCCAAUAAAAAAAUUAACAGUA